CUCCUGUAAGAGAGGAAAUAGGGGGAGAAAAGGAGACUAAGACAUGUUGGAAUCGCUCAAAGUUCUACCAUCUAACGAAAAACUACUGUGGCAUGGAUAUAUUUUCUUCUGGACUUCCAAAAUUAGGAUUUGGGUUGGUUGUGUUUGUUUUUGUUUUUGUUUUUAGUGCAUAGUUAAGAUUUUCCUAGACAUGUAGUCUAUCCUUAUGAUACCUAGCAUUAUGGCAUCGGCCCCCUCUCUGAAGCCACAGACUUUUUUGAGCAUGAUUUCUGUGGCCUCUGUAAGAUCCCUAGGAGACUUCACCAGCCAUCCUGAGUGGGCUGGGAAGCCCUAGCCUGGAAUCAGAAGAUAAGAGGCUGAACAUGGGCCACCAUCACCUCGUGGGGGUGCUGUGGACAAGUCACUGCACGAUGGGUCACAGGCUCCUCAUCACUCCAGGGCAGGGUGGCACGCCCCAUUCUGCAGCCCUUGCAGCAUCUAAUGAGCAAAAAGGCCUUUUGUAAACUAUAAACAGCCCACGCCCCUGGCCAGAAUAUUCCUUAUUUUCCCUCAGUCUCCCCUCUGAGAAAGUUCUGCCUUCCCCUUGGCUCCUGAGGCUUUUGCUAAGGGCUUGGAGCCACAGUGCCAGGCCCUAGCAUCUCUGAGACACUCGUGUGCAAAGUCACCCCUCCUUAUGUUACCCCAGAGGGGAUCUCCUCUGGGCAGGACAGGGACAUGGACUCUUAGACACCAGCCCACACCUCCAAAGUCUUAAGGCAUCUCGGGGGCUUCUUUCUCUCCACUGCCUGGGACACCCCAGAGAGGCCUCUGGGCUCUGCUGUGAGCUCAUGAAAGCCCAGGGCCACUGAGUAUUAAAGACUGUGGAGCCUGGCCUGAGCACUCUGGCCGCUGCCCUCCUCCUUUCCCAGCAAAGUACAGAAGUGCGUGUUCCACUUAAACCGAACCAGUUUGGAGAUUACCAAGGCCAGAGUUCAGUUCUCAUCCUCCGUGUCCUCUAAAAUGGACCCAAGACGGCUGACCUUCUGUUGUGACCGCAGAUGUGGGAGCAAAUGCCAGUUCAGCACUGGCCCGUCGUGGGGACUGGCUCAGACUGCCCCCGUCAGCACUUGUCACUGGGAAUGUCCAGGCCUGGCACAGAACGGGGCCCCUGGCAGAGGCGGUCGUUGCACAGGGCUGGGGAGGACCUUGUCUGGGGUGCUGAGGGAGCACCCACAAGUGCAGUUACACAGCCCCCACCAUGCCGUGGCCCCUGCUGCUGUUGCUAGCUAUGAGCGGGGCCCAGACAACCCGGCCGUGCUUCCCCGGAUGCCAGUGCGACGUGGAGACCUUUGGCCUCUUCGACAGCUUCAGCCUGACCCGCGUGGAUUGCAGUGGCCUGGGCCCCCACAUCAUGCCCGUGCCCAUCCCCCUGGACACAGCCCACCUGGACCUGUCCUCCAACCAACUGGAAACUGUGAAUGAGUCGGUGCUGGCCGGGCCAGGCUACACCACUCUGGCGGGUCUGGACCUCAGCCACAACCUGCUCACCAGCAUCUCGCCCACUGCCUUCUCCCGCCUUCGCUACCUGGAAUCGCUUGACAUCAGCCACAACGGCUUGGCAGACCUGCCGACAGAGAGCUUCACCAGCUCACCCCUGAGCGACGUGAAUCUCAGCCACAACCGGCUCCGGGAGGUCUCGGUGUCCGCCUUCACAACCCACAGCCAGGGCCGGGCGCUGCACGUGGACCUCUCACACAACCUCCUCCACCGCCUGACACCCCACUCUGCAGGGGCCGGCCCUCCCGCGCCCACCAUCCAGAGCCUGAACCUGGCCUGGAACCGGCUCCGCACUGUUCCGGACCUCCGAGACCUGCCCCUCCGCUACCUGAGCCUGGAUGGGAACCCAUUGGCCACUGUUGGCCCAGGCGCCUUCCGGGGGCUGGCAGGCCUGACACACCUGUCACUGGGCAGCCUACAGGGUCUCCCGCAGCUGGCACCCUAUGGCUUCCAGGAGCUGCAGAGUUUGCAAGUCUUGGACCUGUCGGGCAACCCGAAGCUCACAUGGGCGGGAGCUGAGGUCUUCUCGGGCCUGGGCUCCCUGCAGGAGCUGGACCUGUCGGGCACGGGCCUGGUGCCUCUGCCGGAGCCGCUGCUACUCUACCUGCCCGCCCUGCAGAGCAUCAGCGUGGGCCAGGCCGUGCGGUGCCGGCGGCUGGUGCGCGAGGGCGCCUACCCUCGGCAGCCGGGCUCCAGCCCCAAGGUGGCCCUGCACUGCGUAGACACCCAGGAACCAGCUGCUAAGGGCCCCGACGCUUUGUGACAAAUGGCGUUGCCUGGGGCCACAUAACGGACUGCCACUCUGGGCUCCCUAGGGUCCUGGGUAACUUAUAUUUUUGUGUGCCAAUGCCAGGGACGGGGGGACCCUGCCAGCCUCUGGGGCAGCAGCAUCGGAAGAGAGCUGUGGGCCGAGGGAGAGGCUUUGGAGCUGGGCCCAGCACCCAGAAGCUAAGUCUUGUCCCUCUUUCUGUGUUGUCCUCCAAACCAUAGCUAGAAGGUCUUCGAUGCCAAACCAGACAGCAGUCCCCUGCCGUCCUUCCCCACUUGUCACCAAAGUGCCUUCCCUCAGGCCUGGGCCAACCUGAUCCAUGACAGGAGGAAGGUGGAAGGGAGCUAAUUCUGCAGGGUGGAGGUCAGGCCCAUGGCUGAGCAUCCCCUGGGGACCCCGGUUCAGUCACUCAGGAGCAUGGGCUCCUUUUAUGAAAUAGCCCCCCUCUUUGCUCUGGGCACAUGAGGCCCACCUGAUCCUUUUCUUUUCCUCUAGGUCCCUGGGUAGAACCUUAGUCAUGGAAGGGACUAGAGAAAAAAUCAAGUGUACCUCCUCAGGUGACAGAUGGGGCAACUGAGGUCUGGAGAAGGAACAUGGCUAAUCAGAGGUACUACGGCAGAGGCAUGGCUGGCCCCAGGGCCCUGCCUCCCAGCGAGGCCCUUUGCACUUUUCUGUCUUCUCUAAAUCAUGCCCUCUGUCCCCUUCCUGGGCUCCCCCAUCCAGCCAUGUGUGCCCUUUCCCUGUCAUUCCCAGGACAGGCAAGUGUCUCGGAAGUGGGCCUCUGGGCCCUGUAACCAGCCAUGUGGCACAAGUUAAGUCAGCUCUCCGCGGAGCCUCUGGAAACUUCAGGCAUGCCAGUCCCAACCCUACCAGUGUCCCACUCUGGCAUGGGGUCCUGCAGCAACUGGAAAUUCAUCCAUUGAGCCCUGAUGCAUACCGCCUCUAACGGACUCAGCAAGGAGUCCAUGUGGUCCCGGAAACCCCCAGGAGCCUCCCGGAUUCAGCCCCCACUGGCCCUGAGCCCCACAGCCUGUCUCCCCCAUCCAUCAGGAGGCAGGUACCCCUAUCAGAGUUCAUGCCGUCCACCCCAGGUGGCGUCUGAGCUCCCCAGCCCUGGGCUCUGUCCUUAGUCUUUGUUUUAUAAAAGUUGUCUUUGUAAUGGCUGUCACUUCAACCCCCAACCUCCCCACCCCUGCCGGCAGGGGAUGGAAACGUGUCAUUUGUAAAAAGAAGAAAAGCAUUGCAUUUGUUCACUUUUGUAAUACUGUGUCCUGGGGAUGUUUUGAGGGAGGAGGUGUUGGGUGGUAGCCAAGAGUGUGUGGCCCAUUGGGCCUUGGGGGGCUGGUCCCACAGAGAUGCCCACAGAACAAUGAGAGCUCUGUCCUCCCCCACCAGCCCCACCCUGCACCUAACUGGUCCUUGAUUGAAUAAACACUAUAAAGUGUC